CUCCAUCAUGGGAAUCUUGACGUUGCUCCUUAUUUUUUCAGAUAUUAGCAUGGGGGAGGGAUCCCUGAGUGCUGUCGCACAACUACGGCAGGCUACAAGCCGUACUUUCCGACUUGCACCGUUUGAGUGAGGCACUGGUGAAAAAUAGAGUUCAAAGGCGAUUAGGUAUGACGGACACUAACGGACGGACUCCGCGGGACGGUACGUAACGUUAAAGAUGAGGGUUCCUCCGGUGUGGGCGCUGGGCGCUUGCCAGACUGGGUGAAGUGAGAACUGAGAGGGAAACCUGUUGAGAAGAAACACCACCUGGGACUGCUGAGGAGGGCCUCUGUGUAGACACCUGAGUGAUCACAAAAGAGAGGACUGCUUGGGAGGAAAAUGAGAAAUCGGAGUCGAAGAGAGUUGAAGGAUAUUCCUGCUUAAUCGAAUCCUAUUAAACAGAGUAGAGGACAAAGGUUCACACGGCUGUUGGCAGGGUGGAGCUUCCUGACUCAUGGAGAAUUACUUCCAGGCCGAGGCCUUCAACCUGGACAAGGUUCUGGAUGAGUUUGAGCAGAACGAAGAUGAGGUGGACAUUCCCAUUCUCUCAGAAGCCAAGUGGACCCAGAUCCUGGCCCCUCCUGCCCAUCUACUCUCUUUAAACCCCGCCCUGGCCCACACAGACCUCAGCCCUCGGGACAGUUCCCUGCCAUUCAAGGCUCUCUCAGACUCCUCCUCCAGUGCCUCCACAGGGACAGAACCUAAAAGACAUCCCAGUCCUGAACCUUCAUCCUGGGCAGAGGAGAGGCCGGCAGAUAUCCACAGCCCACCACUCCCCCAGCCCAACAUUGGCAAACUGGUGGGGACCGACGACCUCUCGCCGCACCCUGUGACGGCAUGCGGUGCCGUGGAGAAUGGCUGCCCUGCAAGCCCACAACGUGAUCUGCUCACUAAGGAGAUAAGUUCUCCUCCCCACAACAGGCCCAGUCCUUCCGAUGAGGAGGGUGAACCUCCUCUGGAGGGGAGAGCUGCCUCAGCAGGAGGAGGUGGAGGCUCCACUGUCUGUCACACUCUCUUUACCUUUGAGGUUGGAAUAGGACAAGACGAAGCACAGUCUGCGAAGAUUCAUCCAAAUGUGGAAACAAUAACACAGAAUGAGGAAGGUGUCAAAGAGGAGGCCAGUACAACUGCUGUACAGGACUUUGGUCAAAAAAGACAAACAGCAAAUUCAAACGAGGAGCAGGGUGGAACUCUCCUGAACGGUGGGAGGGAUGUUAGUACUGGUUGUAAGGCGGAGGAGAAUGGUGUAUCUGUACCUGAUGUGAUCGGCGUGGAGAAGGAGAGGAGCUGUAGUCCAGAGGGACAGAUAGACCAGCUCCUCAAGAUAAUGAGCCUUCCCAAUGGUUUGGAGCACCAGAGCGGUAAUCAUUCCAAACUAAAAGAGACAGAAGAGAAAGAGGAGGGGGUGGGUUUUUCUCCAUGUCCUGUCCCCUCCAAAGAGGACUCUGUCACUGAGGAGAAAGAAAUGGAGGAGAGCAAGCAGGAGAGCAGUGAUGGAGCAGCAGUGGGGUCAAGUAGCAGCCAACCAAAAGUCACCAACAAUCGACUGCAGCCGGUCAGUGUUCCCUAUGGAGGCGCACGACCAAAACAGCCAGUCAACCUUAAACUCCAGAUUCCACAGCCACUGUUGGGACAGGUCCAAAACCAGCUUGGCCUGUCCACCAUCACCAAGAACAAGAACCUUGAGAACCAGUGUCGGAGAGGCACACCGUCUGAAACUACACUCUGUGGGACUGAUCAGAGUGCAGCUGGGAAUGGAGAUGGUCUUGUCCACUCUCCUUCUCUGAUGCCAUCAGAGAGCCCAGACAAUGACCUCCAGGCAGGCCAGCAGGACACUUUGUGCAGGAAACCUGCCAGCUCCCUGGGAGAGGUUGCCCCCGUGUGGGUGCCCGACUCCCAGGCUCCCAUAUGUAUGAAAUGUGAUGCCAAGUUCACCUUCACCAAGAGGAGGCACCACUGCAGGGCCUGUGGCAAGGUAUUCUGCGCGGCCUGCUGCAGUCUGAAGUGUAGGCUCAUGUACAUGGAAAGGAAGGAGGCCCGCGUCUGUGUCACAUGUCAUUCUGCUCUGACGUGCGCUCAGUCAUGGGAGUCGCUGGUCACUGGAAGCAAUCAGAGUCCCAACCCCAACAACCCAGCGGAGUACUGCUCCACCAUCCCCCCUCUGCAGCAGGCCCAGGCCUCUGGGGUACUCAGCUCCCCUCCACCUACCGUCAUGGUGCCUGUGGGAGUCUUGAAACAGCCUGGCAAUGAGGGGUCUCUAUCACGAGAGCAGAGAAGGGUGUGGUUUGCUGAUGGGGUCCUACCUAAUGGAGACACAGCAGAGUCCUCCAAACCUCCGACCUCCAGCCCAGCCCCCUCGCAGUCACUGGCCAUCUCUGCGUAUUCGAACAAAUCCUCCACCUCUGACUCCUCAGAGGCAGCCCAUGCCCCUGUUGCCCCGGUGGGCAGCCCCGUGGGCAGCUCCCUCAGUCUGAUCCCGGAGGACGGACUCCCUCCCAUCCUCAUAUCCACUGGAGUCAAAGGAGGUACGGGAGGCCACAUCACAGACUACGCUGUGGAAGAGAGGCCGUCAGAGAUUGUCCUCAUGCAGCAGCUGGAGGAGGGAGGUCCAGACCCCCUGGUCUUUGUGCUCAAUGCUAAUCUGCUCGCCAUGGUCAAGCUUGUCAACUACGUAAACAGGAAGUGCUGGUAUGUGACGACGAAGGGGAUGCAUGCCGUUGGCCAGGCAGAGGUGGUCAUACUGCUCCAGUGUCUCCCUGAUGAGAAGACAAUCCCUAAAGACAUCUUUACCCACUUUGUGCAGCUCUACCAGGAGGCCCUCAGUGGCAACGUGCUGAGCCACCUGAGUCACUCGUUCUUCACGCAGAGCUUCCUAGGCAGUAAGGAGCAUGGUGGAUUCCUCUACAUCAGCCCCUCCUUCCAGUCGCUGCAGGACCUGCUGCUGCCAAACCCACCCUACCUCUUUGGCAUCCUGAUACAAAAGUGGGAGACGCCCUGGGCUAAGGUCUUCCCCAUCCGCCUCAUGCUGCGGCUGGGUGCAGAGUACCGAUUUUAUCCGUGUCCACUGUUCAGCGUUCGCUUCAGAAAGCCACUCUUCGGAGAGACUGGUCACACUAUCAUGAAUCUGCUUGCUGACUUCCGAAACUACCAGUACACACUGCCAGUGGUGAAGGGUCUGGUUGUGGACAUGGAGGUGAGGAAGACGAGCAUCAAGAUCCCCAGUAACCGUUACAAUGAGCUGAUGAAGGCCAUGAACAAGUCCAAUGAACACGUGCUGGCCAUGGGGGCAUGCUUCAACGACCAGGCUGACUCCCACCUGGUGUGUGUCCAAAACGAUGAUGGGAACUACCAGACGCAGGCUAUCAGCAUCCAUCACCAGCCGCGCAAAGUCACUGGCGCCUGCUUCUUUGUGUUCAGCGGUGCUUUGAAAGCCUCAUCGGGCUUCUUAGCCAAGACCAGCAUUGUGGAAGACGGUGUAAUGAUCCAGAUCACAGCUGAGACCAUGGACUCUCUACGGCAAGCCCUGAGGGACAUGAAGGACUUCACCAUCACGUGCGGUAAAGCCGACCAGGAGGAGAAUCAGGAGCUCGUCCACAUCCAGUGGAUGGAGGACGACCACAACUUCAACAAAGGUGUGAUCAGUCCAAUCGAUGGGAAGUCUAUGGAGUCCAUCACCAGUGUUAAGAUCUUCCACGGCUCCGAGUUCAAAGCCAAUGGCAAAGUCAUCCGCUGGACAGAGGUGUUCUUCCUCCAGAGUGAAGACCAAGCCAACGGUCUGAGCGACCCAGCUGACCACAGCCGGCUGACGGAGAACAUAGCAAGAGCUUUCUGCAUGGCGCUGUGUCCACAUCUCAAACUGCUGAAGGAGGAUGGCAUGGCCAAACUGGGCCUGAGGGUCACACUGGAUUCUGACCAGGUGGGUUACCUGGCAGGAAGUAACGGCCAGCCUCUCCUGCCUCAGUACCUAAGCGACCUGGACAGUGCUCUGAUCCCAGUCAUCCACGGCGGGGCGUGCCAGCUGAGCGAGGGUCCCGUGGUCAUGGAGCUGAUCUUCUACAUCCUGGAGAUCAUCUCCUAGGAUCCGGACACCAACCUGGAGCGUCCUCCCAUCCCUCCAUAAUCUCUCUUCAAGCGUCUGUACUUCACAAGAACCCUAAAACUGUGCUGUGCCUGGCAGGGGUAGCAUUCCUCAAAUCAACCUAUGCAUCCAGCCAAAAUCUGUUCUGCUCCAGUAGUCACCGGUGGACUAAGGAUCAUCUUUCACCAGACCUGUCAGUUGCUCCAAUCUCUGGUGAGCUCCAGUCUGAUAACCGGGUCCAUCCUGAUAACCACACUUGCACAGCUAACGUCACAAACUUAAAUGUCUUCAUCUCUGUUGUUAAAUCGACAGUACCACCAUUAGCUGAACUAGCGUUGCGUAGCAGACCAUUAUGAACUCUGGGAUACACUAAGCCUUGGGCCGUACUAAUCAACCACCUCUCCCAAAUAUAGCCCUGCUGUCAUUUUAAACAUAUGAAUUAUUACACAAAUAAAGCUACGGUUGCAACUGAGUUUUCAAUUUUGGCUAAUCUGUUGAGUAAUUUAACUGUUAAUCAAAAAAAAAAAAAAGAAAAUGGUGAAACUCGUGCACUACAAGUACAGUGUGUGUGUGUGUGUGAGAAAGUGGAGUUGACUGAACAAACCUCAGUCAAACCAAUGUUUGGUGUGAGCACCCUUUGCCUUUAAAGAGCACCAGUUCUCCUCACUGCACUGGCGCAGUUUAAGGUAGUUGGCAGGUGGAUUGUUCCAGCAUGUUUGAGAACCUACUACGGUUGUUCUCUGGAUUCAGGCUGUCUGAGUGUCUUCUGUCUCUUCAUGUGACCCCAGACCGACUCCAUGAUGCUCACACCAGGGCUCUGUGGGGCCACAGUACAUGCUGUAGGAGUCUUUGUUCUUCUCAUCUCUGAACAUAGGUCUUUGAGUCUGGCUGUAAGCUCAAGCUCAUUGUCAUGGUGCAGAACAAAUUGGGGACCAAUCACACAAACUUCCUGUUGGUACUGUGUGAUCUAAACAUCUACAGUGCUCCACACUUUUACACAGUACUGUAUCUCUGCCUGAACCUUUAACAGGUUAGGACACAUCUCAUGAAUUUUAUCCAAGAUAGGAGCGAUUUCCAAAGUCAGAAAGUUCAAACACUUCUAGUUCCAAAAGUGAUGAGCGGGGUCAUUUUUGGGCAGUUAGGACCAAGUAAAGAUUUAGUGUUGUGUGUUGCCAUUUUCCACAUGUGAAAUAUACGUUUGCUCCCUGGUGCCGCAAGAAAUUUAACUUUAAGAGUGCAAGUGUGAGUAUUUGGAUGGACCCGCUCUCAGACUCCAGCGUGGUGUAAUGUAGCUCCACGGCAUCCUCAUCGCCAGUUAGUCCAAUGUCACUGUGGCAGCCAGAGGAACUCAAAGGCCUCUGUGUAGCACGGACAUUCUUACGAGGGAGACUCGUGUCAGUCGCUGAAAACUGGAAGGUUCCUCUGAAGUUACUUUAAAAAGGAAAGCCACAAAUGAUCAAGUGAGGAGGGAGAAGGUGCCUCUGCAUGAUCAUGGUGGGUGUUAGAUCUCAGCUUCAGCUAUUAAGCUUUACUCAUCAGUCACCAGAUGCUUUACUUCACAGACAAAUGCAGCGCCUUGUACAUAUUUUGUGGACCGAGCGAUGUUGCCUCCAUUAUAACUAGCAGUGUUACUAGUCCUGCUCUGCUAUCCUGAAGCCCUUUUGUCCUGCAGUAGACGGCUGAUCAAAAGGUUCCAGUGCUUUACUGAAUGUCUCAAACCAUUUGUACAUAAAGCUGAAAGAGGAGAAGGGGGAAACUUUAAUUUCAUCAAUCCGAUUCAAAAUCAGUUUUUGGAAAACCCUAGUUAUUUUAAUGAUGCAAAGAGAAUAACUGCUGAAGGUGUGUGUGUGUGUGUGUGUGUGUGUGUAUAUGAUGUGUGUGUAAAUAAAUAAAUGUAGAGAACUGUAUUAAAUUGCAGAAGCAGUGCACUGGAUUCUAAGCCAUUCACCAGAGAGUUGAAGCAAGUGUCAGGGUUGCCACUGUGACAAAUGCAGAAAAGACAGGUUGAGUUUUAAAGAUCCAGGGUUCCUGCAGAAAGAGUUUCAUCGACUUGAAGCUGAAUGUAUUUCAUCUCUUAUCCUUCCAAAGCAUCAACAUCCUGCUGCAGACUUUGUGGAACUUUGCAGACCCACUUAGGUCACCGAUACUGUAUGUCAUCUUCUGAGGCCUGGACUGUUUAUCCAUUAACCGAUGUGGUUGUUAAGGUCUUCUGGACCUGCAGCCCACUGUUCUGCUCUGUUCUGACUGUGCUCUACUUCAGCAACAUGAACCUGGAAAACAUUUAGGAACGUAUUCCUCCUGUUUCUGAAUAAGCACCAAAAACGACCCUGUCAUGUCAAGACUCUCUGUAUAGUAAUCUGUCUGCAUCACGGCAGUUUCUCCAUCUUUAAUCAUGCCAAUAUAAAAUCAGAAAAGCCUACACAAAAGGUGCUGUCGUCAGUAUGAGAAGCAUUUUAAUGGAGGGAAAAACAAUCUCGUCACCACAAGUGAGAAUCAGACAAUCACGUGAAAAUCAGACCUGUAGCGAAUCUGUAAUUAGUUUAUUACUCAAUUUGACGUAUAAUAGGCACAAAGUAAUGCUGAUUUAAAAUGAACAAUCAAAGGUCACCUGUUGAAUUGACUGUGAUUUCACCAUGUGACGUUUGUUUUCACACAUUAGUAUUAACAAAGAGACGACAUGAGAAUUUAUUUUUCUGACCGUUUUCUGUUCAUUUAGAGUUUUGGCAGUACCUGAUGUGUGCAAUAUGUCCUACAUCCAAAAAGGUGCAAUUUGUUAAAGGAAAGUAGCAUUUUUUUUUUUUAUAUAUAUAUAUUCAGUUGCAAGACAUUACAUCCCAAACUACAGCACUACAUGAAAACAAGCAUUCAUUAAUGCAUUUUA